AAAGAUAGUUCACACACACUCACUCUCACAAACUACAAAAAUAGUCCGUACUCAACUGAUCUCAAGAGAGAGAAAGAGAAAGAGAAAGAGAAAAAUUAAAUAAAAAAAAAUUAAAUAAAAAUGACAAAAUCUCCAUUUCCAUUUCCCGCAUCUCCUUCUCCUUCCCUCCAUUAAUCUCUCUCUUUCCAUUGAUCAAGCUUUUCACUCAUUCUUCCCCUUUUUUAAUUUUUUAUUAAUCUUUAAUUUUCAUACAAUUUUCAAUUGUAAACCUCCAAUUUUUCACUUUUUUUGAUGUAAUUUACUUUCCUUUUUGGGUAGUAGAAGAAUCACUAAUAGUAAUUCGAAAAGGUAUUUUUUUUUCUCGAUUCUUCACUUGAAUAAUCAGAUAUAUAAAUGGAAUUGUACGGUAGAAAUCAGGGUUCGGAGGUGGAUCCAUCAGCUCAAUGGGGGGAUACUGGACUCGAAGAGUCCAUGUGGAGGAUGGAUGUUUCGGGUCGGGAGACGUACCCUGAGCGUCUUGGAGUAUCUGAUUGUGUCUAUUACAUGCGUACGGGUUUCUGCGGGUUUGGUACCCGGUGUCGGUACAAUCACCCUCGUGAUCGUGUUGCUGCUGUAGCAGCUGCAAGAUUAGUUGGAGGAGAAUACCCUGAACGUCCUGGUGAGCCUGUUUGUCAGUACUAUUUAAAGACUGGGACUUGUAAAUUUGGGACUACUUGCAAGUUCCAUCAUCCUCGAAAUGCUGGUGGAUCAUUGGCUAAUGCUCCUCUAAAUAUUCAUGGAUACCCAUUACGAACGGGUGAGAAAGAAUGCUCCUACUAUUUGAAAACGGGGCAGUGCAAAUUUGGCUUAACUUGUAAAUUCCAUCAUCCUCAACCAGCUGGCAUGUCAAUGCCUGCAGCUGCACCUCCAUUUUAUCCGACGGUGCAGUCUUCAGUUCCUGUACCUGAACAAGCAGCAGGGUCAUCCCCUAGCUUUAGAGUAGCUAGGCCUCCUCUUGUACCUGGUUCGUAUGUUCCAGGGUCUUACGGUCCUGUGCUCCUUUCUCCAGGAGUUAUGCCCAUGGCAGGCUGGGGUUCAUAUUCUGGACCUGUAAGCCCCGCGCUAUCCCCUGGUGUUCAACCUGCUGCAGCUGGAGGUUCUGUAUAUGGAGUAACCCCACUAUCCCCUUCUACACCUGGUCUUGCUGGAUCUUAUCCUCUACUGUCUUCUGCUGGGCAGUCAAUCACUGGUGUCACAGAACAUAAGUUUCCAGAGAGACCAGGUGAACCUGAGUGUCAAUACUAUUUGAAAACAGGAAACUGUAAAUAUGGAUCCUCUUGUAAAUAUCAUCACCCACCGGAUCAGGGUACAUCUGCAGCUUGCUUUCUUGGACCACUUGGUCUGCCCCUACGUCCUGGAGCACAGCCUUGUACCUUCUAUAUGCAAAAUGGAUACUGCAAAUUCGGGCCCACCUGUAAGUUUGAUCACCCAGUGAGUCUGAUGAAAUACAGUCCAUCAGCUUCAUCUCUCCCCGAGACACCAGCUGGCUAUUUGACGGGAUCUUUACCUCAUUCAUCAUCCACUGAGCUUCUUCCAGAAUACGCUUUAGGUUCUAACAUCCAACGGCCCAGUCAAAGUUCUGCACUAUUAAGCAGUACCAGAAGCACGGGAGCAGAUGACGAAUCUCAUCAUUCAAACUAAGCCAUUACUCCACGGUUGAUGCCCAUUUUUAUCUUCAAGACCUUAAAGCAGCCCUUAUCACCAAUCUACCAUUGUCAUCUCUGUCAUAUAUCGUAAAUAUCAUGUAAGUCACCUGUCCAAAGGUACUUGUAUUGUUGUCAAGUGUUCACGUGCUAUCAAACCGUUCACAUUAGGGGUUAAAUAACCUCAUAUAUGCUCAAAACUUUAUAUCGCGUAAUAAAUUAUCGUCGCAAGUAGCUCUGUAGACUAUGUCCUUGCUACUUAGUAAUGAUAUGAAGGGAAGCUGUUUUAUACCCUUUAAGCUAUGCUGUCCUGCGAGACUCUGUAUGUAGAGUAUAUGUAAGGUACUCAUUUUGGGUAACCUUUGUCAGGUUAUGUACCCAACAAUAACAUUAUUGCCCAUCUGUUAAUAGCACUUUUAUGAUAUUAUAUCAAGGGAAUGCUAUGGAUUUUUUGA